CUGGUCACCCGCACGGAGCUCGAAGUCCAGUCCCGGCGCGCAGGCCAAGACGCACCACCAUGGAGCUGGGGCUCGCGGGCCGUCGGGCGCUCGUCACCGGGGCAGGCAAAGGCAUUGGGCGCAGCACAGUCCAGGCGCUGCAUGCGGCGGGCGCGCAGGUGGUGGCCGUGAGCCGCACCCGGGCCGACCUGGACAGCCUGGUCCGCGAGUGCCCAGGCAUUGAGCCCGUGUGUGUGGACCUGGGUGACUGGGAGGCCACGGAGCAGGCGCUGGGUGGCGUGGGUCCCGUGGACCUGCUGGUGAACAAUGCUGCCGUGGCCUUGCUGCAGCCCUUCCUGGAUGUCACCAAGGAGGCCUGUGACAUGUCCUUCCAUGUGAACCUGCGUGCUGUCAUCCAGGUUUCCCAGAUCGUGGUCCGGAGCCUGAUCGCCCGGGGAGUCCCAGGUGCUAUUGUGAAUGUCUCCAGCCAGGCCUCCCAGCGUGCCGUGACCAACCACAGCGUCUACUGCUCCACCAAGGGUGCCAUGGACAUGCUGACCAAGGUGAUGGCCCUGGAGCUUGGGCCGCACAAGAUCCGCGUCAAUGCGGUAAACCCCACAGUGGUGAUGACACCCAUGGGCCAGGCCAACUGGAGUGACCCCCAGAAGGCCAAGGCCAUGCUAGACCGCAUCCCACUGGGACAGUUUGCUGGUGAGUGGUGGGAUAGCCGUGGCCUCUUCCUUCCCCAGGUGAAGGGUGGGAGGAAGGGCCUGGGUGGCCCCCUUCAUCUGCCCUGUCCCCACCCCAGAGGUGGAGCACGUGGUAAACAGUAUUCUCUUCCUACUGAGUGACUGCAGCGGCAUGACCACCGGCUCCACCCUGCCAGUGGAUGGCGGCUUCCUGGCCACCUGAAGGCCUCCCCACGCCUGCCUGGUCCCAGGUGCUGAGCCCGCCCCGCUCCCCUGCUCCCUCCAAUAAACACUCUCUUCCCUCUUCAUACUGGUGCCGAUUCCUAGGCUGCUAGCAAGUGUCCAGGAGGUACUGGGCUCAGGGCUGGGCGUGGGUCAGGUCCACACAGGGAGGAUCCCAUUCCACUCAUGUUCCAGGCCAGGUGGGCGCCUGGUUCCCAUACCUGGCUGACUUCCUGGCAGAGGCGAGGAGGCAGAGGCUUUAAGAAGGAUGGCUUCUGGGAGGCAGCGGUGAAUU